CUCAAAAUUGGACAUCCAUCGUUUCUUGGACGUGCGAGAUUCUUGUUGCUUCGUUCGGCUUUCUCAACAUCGCCAACAUUAAUUCAAUCAUCAACAUAGAAGUAAAGCAAUCAAUAAUUGGAUGAGCCCGAGUUUCAACCAUUGAUGGCUGAUUGAACAAGAUAAUCAUGGCGAACGGAUAUCCAAGUGCUCCUCGACUAUCUGUCCGAGACAGUUUUGACGAUGAGGAAUUGACAGAUAUCGAUGACGAGGUUUUCAUCAGAGACGGGAAAAAAGAUGGAAUCCUCAAGAUCAAUGAUGAAAGUGGAGUGAAAAGACCCCUGAUGGCUCCCCGAAGGAAGCAAAAAUUGGGCCAUCUCCAUACUCCCCCCCUGACAUUCAAAGCCCUUCUCAUCCCCUUGUGCUACGGAUUGAUGGCAUUAGUGGUCCUCCUCGGGCUGAUGUUACUCUGUGUCCUGACCGUCAACAUCUUCCCAGUGCCAUUCGGCAUGCUGAAGAAUCUGUUCUCUGGAGGCGUGACCCUGGAAGUCACCAUAAGUAAAGUCAGCAGAGAGAAUGAACCUCUCCCCUGCACCUCUCUGGCCACCAACGUCGUUUGGAUGAGGACGAUGCCAAAAUUAACAUCAGAGGCUCCACUGAGGAGUCUUGAUGUCAAUGGCGAUGGCGUUGAAGACAUCAUCCUUGGGUUCAGCACAGGGCUGGAUGCAUUAGAUGCACCAGAAUUCCUCUGUAACCUGUACUUCGAGGGUCAAAUCCCAUGUCUAGGUGGAGUAAUGGCUCUAGAUGGAAAAUCAGGUGAAACCCUGUGGACGCACUGGACAAAUCACGCAAUUUUCUCCAUCGACUGCAUUUCAGACCUCACGAACGACAAAAUGAAAGACUGCAUCAUCACAGGACGAGGAGGGAUCCUCCAGGCAAUCGAUGGUAACAAUGGAAAAACUCUCUGGGAAUUGCCAGCCCAGCAGUACUCCAUCGCAGACGAGAAGAUCAUUCUCAACGUCUACGAUGCUAGGAGCAUGACUGACGUCAAUGCAGAUGGAAUCAGCGAUGUCGUUGUGUCACAUACAACCCAGGCUGGAAGAUUACGAUCAAGCAGAGUGAUUUUGUUAUCAGGAAAAAAUGGAACGGUCAUAAAGAGCAUCGAUUUCUCGAAGAAGGAGCAGCUCUUCAUUGCUCCCCAGGUCCUGGUGCAUCCCGAUGGCGAGAUUGUUUACAUUUUGUCUUCAUGCACACCAGAUCAAUCGGGAGGAGUUUAUAUCAUCAGGCAACAUGAUUUGUUGCAUGGGAAUUUGAAGCGAAAGAGACAAUUGCAGCAGGGUCAAGGUAAAGGAGUCCUUCUUCCCCCAAUCCUAGUGGACGUGACCCUCGAUGGAACCGAAGACAUCAUCACAGUGGCCCUAGACUCGACAAUAACAGCAUACAACGGUCUGAACUUCCAGCCCAUAUGGAACUACACAGUCCCCCAGUCCGAAGUAAUAAGUAUCCCAAUACCUGGUUACUACGACGAUGACAACAUUCCUGACAUAAUGGUGAAGCACCAGAUAGGUCCCGGCUUCCCAGUGUACUAUCACUCCCUAACAACGAUCCUGAGUGGAAAAACAGGUCAGCCCUUCUUGGAGACUCCCAUCAAGGACAACGCCAAUGGCCAGAUGUCAGGUUUAUCAAUUUCUGUCAAUGGCCUUGGGAACGACUGGUUCCUGCACUGGUCUGCCAACUGCAUGGACCAGAAUGUUAACGAGAACAUAAACGAGAAGUACAGAUUUUUGAAUGGGCAGACACUUCUUUCUCAAAGCAGAGCUGAUUUGUGUAAAUUAAGAUUUAACACGACUUUGAGUAUGAGAUUAUCAGCAAUGAGUCAGCACGUGGGUCCCCCUGGGCAGAGCAUCUACUUCUCUGACGACUGGAAAGCAGUGGAAUUGAAUAACUCCAUCGAUCCCAGGAAGGAAACAGAGAAAUAUCUGUUCUCCAAUGAUAGGAACCUCCCAGGAGACGACGAUGUUCUCCCAAUGUCACAGAGAUCUCCAAGAGUAGAACUUGGGGAAGUAAAAACCGACAUUUUCAAGAGCCAAGGGAAUCAGGGACAAGACGACCAGAGUGAAUACAUGCUGAAGCCAGAUGAGGGCUUCAAAGAUUUGAACUCAGAGAAUUCCCUCCUCUUCAACGAACUCCCAGGGUUCAAGAAAGAAUUAACCAAUUUCGCUAAUCAGGAGUGGAAUCCCAACUUCUGGAAUGUCGCCAUGGAACCAGAUUCUCCUCAAGAUGAGAUCAGAUCCAACGAUGAGAAUAAAGAAUUCAGUUUCUUGGGGCAGAGAUCGAAGAGGUGGUUAAUCCCGAUUAAACCGAAGAUUCAUUUAAUGGAUAUAAAUAGAAGAAUUGAACGAAGGCGUUCCAACAGACGACCAAAACGAAGUAAAUCUGUGGAGGAGAAUGGAGAGAAAAAUGUGCAGAGGCAGCCACCAACCGGAAUUUUGUUGCCCUCGUUCACGAAAGAUGAUAAGACGACUUCAAUUGAUCUGAUCUUCUCGACUUACUGGCUUCCUCCCUCUGAAGUUUCCCUCGUUUUACUUCAGCAGGAUCUCGAGUGCAUCAGACUGAGGGAAGAGAAGAUCAUGGAGAAGGUGGAGCUGGAUGAGAGGGAGAACAUCAUUGCUAAGUGUCUGGCUGAGCGAGGGGUCAACUACAAAUUAUAUAGAGAAGGUUUGGACAGAGAGAACUCGAGACUGGCACUGGGACAGAUGACGAUUUACAGGAUGAAGCUGCAGUGCAUGUGUCCUGAGGAUAUGUUAGAGGGACAGUCCUGCAAGAAUAUUUCGAUGCAUCAGAGCUGGCCGGAGCACUUGGGUGUCUCUGGGAAUGGGUAUUUCAGUUAAAGUGGUUAUCAAAUUGUGAUAAAUUGCGGAUUUAAGACUUCAUUAUCAUUAAUGGAUUUAUUCAUUCAAUUAUGAUUUUAAUCGGAGGAUUUGGCAAGCUAUAAUUCACCCAUUUCUUCAUCAUUCGUGAAUAAACUGAGAGGAUUCACUGAACAAUUCGAUCAACAAUCGUCAGGUUUAUCAGUCGGUUGAUAAUUGACAAUUGAUUAAUUCAGUAGCGAAGCGAUAAACCGAUUUAAGUUGACUUCCCUCUUCGCUUAGUUUUUGAGGAAUAUCCCCGAAUCUAAGCGAAAUAGCGAAAUUGUCAUCGUUACCAUUUUUGUGGAUCUUAAUUCGCUCGAUAAAAAAGGUCAUUAAAAAAAUUUGCUAUCUCCCUUAGGUUCCGAGAUAUUCAUUAAAAACUGACCAAUAGUCUAAAUCGACUUAAACCUGUUUACCGCCUCGCUACUGAAUUGUGGUACUUGAUUUAGUAUGAAUUAAGAAUUUAAGAUUUUAUCAUCUUUAAUGAAUUUAUUCAUUCAGUUAUCAUUCACCCAUUUCUUCAUCAUUUGUGAAUAAACUGGGAGGAUUCAAUGAAUAAUUGGAUCAACAAUUAUUCGAUUCAUCGUUCAAUUAAUAAUUUACGUAAUUAAUUUAUUGAUUGUGGUACUUCAUUUAGUAUGAAUGAAUAAUUUAAGAUUUUAUCAUCAUUAAUUAAUUGAUUCAUUUAUUUAUAAUUCUAAUUAGAGGGCUUGGCAAGGUACAAUUCUCCCAUUUCUUCAUCAUUUGUGAAUAAACUGAGAUGAUUCAGUGAAUAAUUGUAUCCACAAUUGUUAAAUUUAUCAAACGAUUGAUAAUUGAGAAUUGAUCAAUUGUCUUACUUCAUUUAGUAAAAUCUAGAAAUGAAUCCAAAGGUAUUUCACUCUAAAAUAGAGAGUUUAAUUUUGACUGGUGUACAUUUUUUUUUAUUCUACUCAUUGUCCACAGUUCCUGGGUCCUUCAUGCAUAAAAGAAUACUUUGUCAUGCCCUGGAUAUAAAUAAAUUGACUUGUUUAAUCUCCGUAAGUGUGUGUCUGAACUCCGGAUAUUGGAGAAUCAUAAACAUAAUCAUAAGUAUCUUGCACCUCAGAAUGAAUGUUCAAAGCACUUCACUAUUUUAUAAUACUAAACAUAACUGACGUAGUGUGAGUUCUAUUUAUACGAGUAUAUUUAAUCAUAUGAAUUUAAUUGAUAUAAUGGCGUACUGGUGGUUCUAAUGGAAUGUAUAUAAACUUCUGUGAUUAUUAUUUUACGUGCUUGUAAUAAUGGUUGAUUAAUAAACAUGUAAUUGGUGUAUA